AUGUCCUCCACACAGGAUGAGCUGCGAUUGCAGAAUGCCCGAGAAACGAUAGACUCGUUACAUGACCUCUCACAGCUCCUAUCGACCGGACUCGAUAAGCAGCAACUUUCUAUAUGCGUCGGUAUGAUCGAGGCGGGUGCCAACCCCGAUACCCUCGCUGCUGUCAUCAAAGAGCUGAGAAGGGAGAAUGAGAAGCUGCAGGCCCGACAACAGGCGGAAGACGCGCAGGAUAGAUGA